AUGGACUCACAUCAGCGAGUACGGACCAAUAGCAGCCUCACCCAUAUCCUCGACCGUCGCGGUGCCAUUCAUAAGAGGACUCCUGAGCGACCACGCUCGGUAUCUGCCUCACAAGCCGAACGACUUCACCAACUAGCUUUGGAGCAAAGUGGUACUUCCGAUCUUGGGACCAUCUCUGCGACCUCAGGAAUACAGUGGAUUACACCUCAACAGUCCCCAGAGCCGCAGAGCGUGUUUGCCGACUCAUCGCUUGAACCUUUCUCUACUUGGACCAUUCCAACGCCACCCUGUUCAGACUCGGGCGUGCCCAACGUCUCUCUCGACCUCAACAACGAAGACUGCCGAGCAGUCGGCAUCAGCGCGUCUGAAGUGUUUCAGUUCACGCAGCCAACGACGUGUUCGGAGAUGAGCUCACUGGGCUUGCUCCUACCUUCUCAGUACGGAGCCACUGUGUUCGAGUCUGAGCCGACAAGCUACGCCAUGGAUCAACACUACAUACCCCCAAUGAAGAUAACACAGCCUGCCACCAGUACCGGUAUUCCAGCAUAUGCGCAGUCUAACUCCACAAGCCCUGCACUAUAUCAGAGCCGGAGGCGCUCCGAGCUACCCAGCAAUGGACCAGACAGGACCUAUGGGCAGGGUUACCGGCGCACAAGCAAUCCAUAUGAGACCACGAUCAACAUGCAGUACUCGAACGUGACCAGCCCGGGGAUCCCAUCUCUUAGUGGCCUCAGUCACAGUCCGCUCCCAUCACCCCACAUGAAUGCUGCUUCUGGGGCGAACGGCAUGUCGCAGUACGCUACAAGCGUCUCAAGAUCACCCAGCAUUUACGAUCCAGGCGUGUAUCAACAAAUACUGACAACUCAGGCCGGUUCUUAUGCGUCCACUGAGAGCAUGUCUUAUCCACCUCCGUUUAUCGGGAGCAGUGUUAACGAUGUCCUCGCCAAACCAUUGGGAAGCGACGCGUCAAUGCGAGUGCUCAACCAGCGACCGAAGCCGCAAUGCUGGGACCACGGUUGCAAUGGCCGCCAAUUCUCUACUUUCAGCAACCUUCUACGGCAUCAGCGGGAAAAGUCUGGCACGGCAGCGAAGUCCUACUGUCCCAAGUGCGGCGCAGAAUUCACGAGAACCACAGCCCGAAAUGGCCAUUUAGCGCACGACAAGUGCUCCAAGCAACGGAGGCCAUCGGAGGAGAAUUGA